AUGUCAUCCGGCAGCCAGAAGUCGACUGUACAAUGUGCCGUAUGCAAAAAGGUGAAGACUGGAAAGAUGGUGCAAUGCGACGCAUGUGACCAAUGGAGUCAUUUUGCAUGCGUGGGCGUGGACGACAGCAUUGCAAACCUGCCGUGGAGUUGCGAUAAAUGCAACACGGUAGUGCAGGUUUCACAAGAGGUUCCAGAUAAGGCACCAAGUGAGGAGGACUUGGUAAGUAAGGGCGGUUCAAUCAUGUCAAGAAACAGCAUGAGAAUCGAACUGCAGUACUUAGAAGAGCAAAGAAAAGCCGAAAUGAAAUAUAUAGAAAAGAAACGUACAAUAAUGCUGAAGUAUGUAGGCGAGGAUGAUGUUAAGGGUGAAGGCAUGAGUGAGGUAAGGACACAUAGGACGUUAGAAUGGGUGAAGAAACAGGUUGGUAUGAACAACGAUGACAGCAAACCAAACGUAGGUUGUGGUGUUCAGUUGGGUGGUUCAGCUGAUAGGGCGGAAGCCCAAGCAGUAUCGAAAGUUAUACCGGCGCUGAUGAUAGAACAAAUUAAUGCGCGUCAUGUCGUUCCACGAGAUUUGCCUAUAUUUACCGGAAAGCCGGAAGAGUGGCCACUUUUCUACAGCAGUUUCAGCAAUUCAACACGUUUAUGCGGUUUCAGUGAAGACGAGAAUCUUUUACGAUUGCAACGUGCCCUUAAGGGUAAGGCACUUGAAUAUGUUAGCAGUAGGCUCAUGAUACCAGCAUUAGUGCCGGAAAUAAUGUCAACUCUUCAAAUGGUAUUUGGAAGACCAGAACACAUAAUCAAUAACUUAAUUACUAAAAUUCGAGCAGUGUACAUUAAUAUAAAUAAAUUGGACACAAUUGUUACGUUCGCCUUAGAGGUAAAAAAUUUGAUUGCAACUAUGGAGGCUUCAGAGUUACAUUCACACUUAGUGAACCCGUUGCUUAUCCAAGAGCUUGUAGAAAAACUACCACCGCAAAUGCGAUUGCAGUGGGCUGUUGCAUCGCGUAAUAUCAAUGUAACACUUAAAACAUUCGGCAACUGGAUAUAUGAACUAGCAGAAGCAGCAAGUAAUGUAUCGCCCGUUUUUAGUGCUGGAGCCAGUGUAGAUAAUGAAAGGCGCAAAGCGCAACGCAUUAAUUUUCACGAAGAAGAACCUCAGGGUGCAGUAGGCGAUAAGCACAAAAUUCUAGCAUGCUUUUAUUGCAAGGAGGCACAUGUGUUAAAAAGGUGUGCAAAGUUUAGAACACUAAAAACAGACGCGAGGUGGAACGUAGUGCGUGAAAUGAGACUGUGUGGAAGAUCUCUACUGCAGCAUGAUUUUCGAACGUACAAGAGGACCCGAGAGUGCGGUAUACACAAUUGCAACAUGAAACAUCACCCAUUGCUACAUAAACAAACAAGUUCAACUGCAAGUGGGGCAAAUGAAACGUUGGCGGUUCAUCAUCAACUAACUUCACAAGCGCUGUACAGAAUUGUUCCAGUUACAAUAUAUGGAAAUGGUGUUACCUGCAACAUUUAUGCCUUUCUGGAUGACGGAUCUGGUCCAACGUUAAUAGAAAAAGACGUAUUAAGACAACUGCGGAUUAAAGGUGAAACGAAAGAUCUUUGUUUACGAUGGACAAAUGGUACGGUACGCAAGGAACCUGAUUCUGAGCUGGUCAACCUGCAAGUCUCCAAAAUACGCGAAGGUAAAAGGUAUUCGUUGUGCAAUGUGCGUUCAGUAGCUAAGCUGGAGCUACCCGAGCAAUCUUUAAAUAUGACAGAACUUACCGAUAAGUAUAAACACUUAAAGGGACUACCAGUAGAAUCGUAUCAAAACGUUAGGCCUCGAAUGAUAAUCGGCCUAAGCAAUAAAGAGGUAGCUAUGCCAAUGAAGUUCAGAGAGGGAGGCAAGAAUGAGCCAGCUGCAACGAAAACUCGACUCGGGUGGACCAUAUAUGGAAUAAUUAAGCACGAACCUAAUACUAUUAGGGAAACGUUAAAUUUACACAUCUGUGAAUGCGAUGAUGAUCUAAGUUUGCAGCGUUUAGUGAAAGAUUUUGUCAGUAAUGAAAACGUUAUUGAAACAAGAUUGCUUUGGAAAUCAAAUAACAUUACUAUGCCGGAUAAUUACUUAAUGGCGUUGCGUAGACUUCAGUGCUUUGAGCGCAAGCUGCAAUCCAAUGUAACAUUGCAAAGCUGGGUAUGUGAUCACAUCGAUGACAUGAAGGCGAAAGGUUAUAUACGCCAGCUGAAACCUAACGAAGCCGAGGGGUAUUAUCCACGUAAAUGGUACUUACCGAUGUUUACAGUCAGUAAUCCGAAUAAACCACAAAAGCAAAGACUAGUGUGGGAUGCAGCUGCACAAUAUGACGGAGUCUCGUUAAAUGCGUGUUUGGAGAAAGGUCCAGAUCUGCUCACUUCGUUGGUAGAUGUUCUUGUUAAUUUCAGAAUCGGAAAAAUUGGUAUAAGUGGCGACAUUAAAGAGAUGUUUCAUCGAGUACUCGUGAAAGAAGAAGAUCAACAUUCACAACGCUUCCUGUGGAGAAAUUGUGACGAUAGCAGACCACCAGACGUUUAUUUGCUACAAGUUAUGAGUUUUGGGGCAACAUGUUCACCAUCGUUGGCACAACUGGUAAAAAAUAGUAAUGCACGCGAAUACGAAACCGAGUUUCCGCGAGCAGUGAAAUGUAUUUUACAAAGGCAUUAUGUAGAUGACAUGCUGGAUAGCGUCGACACAGUGGAGGAAGCGAUUAAUCUAGUCAAUGAGGUUAGAAAUAUUCAUAAGAAAGCAAAUUUCCAUAUUCGCAAUUGGGUUUCAAAUUCUAAGGCAGUGCUGAAAGCUAUAGGUAACCAAGGCCAGGAAUUUCAAUUUUGCUCGGCCGGAAGGCGUAUAGACCAUACAUUUGAGGCAGAGAAGGUAUUGGGAAUCCAUUGGCAAACCGACGCUGAUAUGCUCACAUUUGAUCUGAAGUUUACCAAAGCCACUGAGGAUGUUCUAAGUGGAUAUAGAUUACCUACGAAGAGAGAGUUGCUACGAUUGAUGAUGUCAAUAUUCGACCCUUUAGGGAUGCUUACCUUUUACAUUAUUGACGUAAAAAUUUUGUUUCAAAAAGUUUGGCGAAGUGGAGUUAGCUGGGAUGACGCUAUUCCUAAUGAGCUAGUUGAUGAGUGGAACAAAUGGCUGUCGCUGCUUGGCGGUGUGAAAAAUGUGAAGAUACCGAGAUGUUACUUCGCUACGGUUAAUAAGGAUGCAGACUCCAUUGAAUUGCAUGUCUUUGUGGACGCAAGUGAGGUUGCAUAUGCAGCGGUGGUGUACCUAAGAGCGAAGAAUCGCAACAACAUAGAUGUUUCCUUGAUAUGUUCUAAAGCAAAAGUUGCACCAUUACGACCAAUAUCAAUUCCAAGACUGGAACUACUCGCGGCGGAAUUGGGAGCACGCUUAGGAAACAACAUAAAAAGGGCAAUAGACUUGAAAGUGACCAGUAUAACGUAUUGGAGCGAUUCAAAGGCUGUUCUAUCGUGGAUAAAAUCUGACCCACGAGAUUACAAACAAUUUGUAAUGUUCCGCAUAGCAGAAAUCCAGGAGUUGUCCGAAGCAGAACAAUGGCGGUACAUUCCUACAAAAUUAAAUGUUGCGGACUUGGCUACAAAACAAACUAGUAAUCUAGACUUUACUUGGAAAAACCCUUGGUAUAAGGGACCGAAGUUCCUGUAUGAAGCAGAAACUUGUUGGCCAAAUAAUGUUGGCGUACAGAAAUAUAACGAAGAUGCUGAAAUCAGAAAGCAACGAUUGUUGGUGGCUCAUGUAGCAGAGGAGGAACCUCUCAUAGAUGUCUACCGAUUUUCAAAGUGGGAACGUUUAGUUCGAUGCAUGGCCUAUGUGAAAAGAUUUAUGUCUUUACUAUCAACUAAUGAAAUGAAAAAGAAGAAAUCUGUAAACCAAUGCUUGUCAGUUGAGGAACUGAAAUGGAGUGAAAAUUUCUUGUACCAAACAGCCCAGUUACAGGAUUACAAGAAAGAAAUGACUGCAUUAAGUAGAGACGCUAAUAUUACUCUUUCUAAAAUUAGCCCUUUGCGAAAACUUUCACCAUUCAUAGAUGCACAGAAUGUUUUAAGAUUAAAAGGUAGAUUAGAUAAAGCCGUAUGCAUCGAUGAUUCAACCAAAUUCCCAAUUAUACUAUCAAGGAAAAACUACAUAACUAAGUUGAUCGUAGACUGGUAUCAUCGAAAAUGGAAACAUCUAAAUCAUGAAACGGUGGUUAACGAAAUCUUUCAGAAAUACCACAUUCCGGGACUGCGUAGACUGUUAAAGCAGGUAAGAAAUAAUUGCCAACAUUGCAAGGUUCGCGAUGCGAGUCCAAAGCCGCCGGAGAUGAGUGUGUUACCAGAAGCACGACUAUCAGCAUACUCCCGACCAUUCUCACAUGUUGGAAUAGAUUAUUUUGGCCCGUAUACUGUAACAGUAGGAAGACGCUCAGAGAAGCGCUAUGGCGUCGUUUUUACAUGCCUUACGUGUCGAGCAGUGCAUUUGGAGAUAGCUUAUAGCCUGUCAGCCAGCUCGUUUUGUAUAGUGAUACGAAAUUUCAUAGCCCGAAGAGGAGUGCCGAAUGUCAUCUAUAGUGACAAUGGAACCAACUUAACAGCAGCUGAAAAGGAGUUACGAGAAGCAAUAAAGAACGUGAACUUCAAUGAAUUGCAAGCUGAAUUUACAAGUCCGGAAACACAAUGGGUUUUUCUUCCACCAGCUGCGCCGCACAUGGGUGGAGCGUGGGAGCGGAUGGUGCGAUCCAUAAAAACAGUGUUAGGAGCAAUAAUAAGCCCGCAAGCAAAAAUUAAUGAUGAAAAGAUGCAUAACCUGUUCUGCGAGGUAGAAUCAAUCAUAAAUAGCAGACCGCUCACUUAUUUGUCGAUUGAAACAGCAAGCGAAGAAGCGUUAACUCCGAAUCAUUUCUUGUUGGGGUCAUCUUCCGGGAACAAGCCGCCGGGGAAGUUCGAUACUAACGACGAGCACGUGAAAUCCUCCUGGAGGCAUUCGCAAUACCUUGCCGAUCGGUUCUGGAAAAAAUGGAUACAAGAGGUGCUUCCAACGAUGACAAGACGGACGAAAUGGUUUGGUAAGAUAAAACCCAUCGAAGCAGGUGAUGUCGUCAUUAUUGUUGACCCAAAUUCUCCUCGCUACACAUGGCCGAAAGGAAUUGUAAUUAGUGCCAUUAAAGCAAGGGACGGGCAGACCAGGAGCGCCAUAGUGCAGACUACUCGAGGGCAAUAUCAUAGACCUGCUGCAAAAUUAGCCGUAUUAGAUGUUCGUGGAGCGGCAGUUUAG